CAGCUGUAGAAAUGCCUUUUUUCAGACCGAGCAAAGGCGGUGUUCGGUGCUUUGCACUGAGAUGGACCGGCUAAGCCCUAUAUCGACCGAUUCCGGGUUUGAAUCGUGCUGUUGUCCAUCUAGUCCGGCUACCUCAUCAUCGAACACCACUAAGGAAAAACGCUCACUAUUUAUUCCUAAUUUACCAUCGCCAUCAUGUACCACCUUGGGCCUACCAACAGGCGACGCACAUACAGUUAUCUGUGACUUGACACCAUCAAGCAGUGAAUCUUCACUUUAUCGAGAGGACUCGAUUUCUUUGGACUCAUUGUCGACGAAUUCCCCAAAUAAUGAGUGUCCCAGCUGUUCGACGUCCACCCCAUCGUGCAGCGCUAGUUUAGAUACGUGUGAAGACGCUAGUGAACCGUCUGUUUCACACUAUGUUGAUGGAGGUUCGAUAAGUUACCACUGCCUUUGGAGUGGUUGCUCGACCAUUUAUGACAAAGCGGACGAUCUUUACGAUCACGUAAUUGAGCUCCAUAUAAAUCCGCUACAUGAUCUUACACCUGAGCCAUCAAAGCAAAAACAAGAAAAAGAAGAUGACGAGUCAAUCAAAUGCAAAUGGGACGACUGCACUAUGUACCUGCGGAGAGGAGAUAGUGAGAAAAAGAUAUCUUGGCUCAUGGAUCAUUUUCGCACUCGCCAUGCCCGAACUGCCAAUCCCUUCCAUUGUGUCAUCGAAGGAUGUCAGAUGCGAUUUUCUACGACGUAUCGGCUAGAGGAACAUGUUCGUUUAGAGCACAUAAAUCCUCCUAAGCCUGUCAAAGAAGUUCAUCCUGUUGUUCAUCGAGAGCACUGCUAUGGCUGGCGCCCCCGCUUGUACUAUCCAGUUCGGCCUCGACCUACGCUUUAUUGUCCAUAUCACGAUGAAAAGCUUUUGAAAUGUGUUCGUUUCAUGAACAAACACAAUUUCAAAGUUGCUUUCGACCCUAUCGAUCCGAACGCAGGAUUGAAAGGAGCAAAGCGAAGAAAAAGCAUACAUCGUUACGCGUACAGAAUCGUGCCGUCCGACUCCCUACCUCCAAAGCUUGAAAAGCAAAUCGUUAGCAGUUCAUAUGACGUAGAAAGCGUGAAAGGACUAUCAAUAUACGAUCUCUUCCCUCCAGUAGUCAGACAACUUCCUCAUGGAUCUCCCACACCCGCCCUCGCAAGGUGUAUAACUAUGGCAUGGAAUCUCAAUGAUUGCUCCGAGUCGCAACAAAAACCAAUUCUUUCUAUGGUCUCUUUCAUUAGCGCGUUCGUCUAAUUGUAUCUCAUGUUCGGGUCAUUAUCAACUUCGUACA